CUCAAAAUUGAAGUCCAGAAAAACCAAAGGCAAACACGUACGAGAAAAAUGGCAUUAUUCCUCUCACUGUCGACACCAAACGCUAAAUCUCUUCCCUUUUCGCCCCAAAUCUACCCUUUACGCCGGCAAACGCAAACCGGAAUUCUUCUUCGUAACUAUUCCAGCAUUUGCCGAGGACAAAAUCCAUUCACUUAUUAUCGCAAUGGAGAAAUACAACAUACUCUUUCUAGAAAGUUAUCACCCAUUGUGAGGGCGGCGGAAACGCCGGCAGGUUCUGACGACAACGGAGAAGACAUGACGUCGCCGCCGCUGCCGGCGAGAAUGUUGAAAUUUUUGGAUGUGGGGCCUGGGUCGCCGGCGGGGGCGGUGCUGUUGGCGUCGACGCAUUUGCUGUGCCUGUUUGCCCCAUUUUGUUUCACUUGGGAUGCCGCCGGCGUUGCGUUGGGGUUGGCCGUCGUCACGGCGUUGGGAGUUACUCUCUCUUAUCAUAGGAAUCUGUGUCACCGGAGUUUCAAGAUUCCCAAGUGGCUUGAGUACCUGUUUGCCUAUUGUGGUGUUCAUGCACUUCAGGGGGAUCCAAUUGGUUGGGUGAGUACCCAUAGACAACACCACCAGCAUUGUGAUUCUGAGAAAGAUCCUCAUAGUCCCAUUCAAGGAUUUUGGUAUAGUCACCUAGGCUGGAUGCUUGACUUCAAUUCUACUAAUGAAAGGGGUGAAAUGCCAACAAAUGUUGGAGAUUUGGAGAGUCAAUUCUUCUAUAAAUUCAUUCAACGCACCUAUAUUAUACAUCCCAUUUUACUUGCAACAUUGCUAUAUGUUACCGGCGGAUUUCCUUACGUAGUUUGGGGCAUGGGAGUAAGAGCUGUGUUAACGUACCAAAUAACAUUUCUUGUGAAUUCUGCUUGUCACUUAUGGGGAACUCAAGCAUGGAAUACAGGCGAUCUAUCUAGAAACAAUUGGUUAGUGGCAAUGCUUUCAUUUGGAGAGGGUUGGCAUAACAAUCACCAUACCUUUGAGUAUUCAGCUCGACAUGGCCUAGAAUGGUGGCAACUUGACAUAACUUGGUAUGUUGUGAGGGCACUACAAGCUUUUGGUUUAGCGACUGAUGUUAAAUUGCCUACUGAUGCUCAAAAGAAAAAGAUGGCUUUAACUACAACUUAAUGCUUUUGACUUGAAAGCACACAACCUGAAAUAUGCAUGGGAUAUGGAAUGUGAGGAAUGCAAUAUGUAAUUUGUAAUUAUUGUUGUUGUUUUUAUAUAAUUGUUAUGGAAACUUAUGUUAUAAAAACUUGGAUAUGUGGGGUGGCUGAAAUGAGGGAAUUGAGGAAAUGAGAUCUUUAUGCCUAUAAUCAAUUUUCUUUAAGUUUUAAAUCAAGGGAGUUCUUGCUAAACCUCUAAAUUCAAUUUAAGGUGUGAUAGUUCAAUUGAUAGAAUUAAUAUUUUCUUGACAAGUGUGCUAGCUAUUUUCUAUGACAUUUGAGCAGCUUAGGCUAACUAAAUUAGCAAAUCACUGAUUAGAAAAAAAAAAAAAUCAUUCAAUCUCUAAAGCUUUAACAGCUUCCAUGCUUCCCCAUCCUAUUGUAUUCUGGAAUAAAAUUAUGUACUUUUCUAUGUAUUCUAUUGUUAGAGUAUGUCUCAAAAGUAGUACUCCUUAUUUAAGUAAAAA